UGUUGUAUCAUUUUAUUUAUAAAACAGUAUUUUUUGCUAUCAAUUCAAAUUCAAAUGGAAUUGAAAUUUUGUAUUAUGAUUAUUUCACUACUACUUUGCAAAACCGUUGGUGUAAUUGACAAAGGUUUAAAGCCUCCAGGUUUUUCGAUUCCUCUGCCAGCGGAUGCUGUACCGGUAAUUAGUGCUGUGCUGUUGGAUUGUCCACAGAAACUUAAGAAUCAAAGUGAAAGCCAAUUAAUGGUAAACAUUCGCGUAAAUCCAAGUUUCCAUGUAGAGAAAGUGGAAAAAUUUCUUAUUCUUGACGAGCUUUACGAUAUAAAAAGUCGAUCCCAAGCUAAGAUCAUGUCACCUUAUUUGAUAGAAAUUCGCAGGGGUGAGCCAGUAAUGAUGUAUCCUCUGGAAUUUUCUAGGUCUUUAAAAAUGAAUGAUCAGAACUCUAUGCCUAUGAAGGACGAUGUUUCAAAUGUAGACAAAAAUGUUUCAGCCAACAAGGAACCAGUAAAAGGACAUCAAUUGGAGGAAUUGAAACAAGUAUUUACAAAGAUAGUUAAUGCUGUGUCUCCCUCAAAACCAACUAAUAACAAUAAGGAUGAGAGCGUAGAAGUCGUUAAUGUUUCAAAAAAUCUUCAGGGUCCGAAAGUGAUCGCAGGUAUAGAUCACAAGGAUAGUUUGAUUACAACACCAAAACAUAACCACUUAGCAAAAACUUCGAGCAUCAAACGUAAUAUAAAACCUAAAUUUGGAAGAUUAUCCAGUAAAGAUUAUAAUUUGGCCAAUACGUUUUUGAAAGGCAAUGCAAACUUGAUGAGUUCAUCGCCGCCGUUUUCAACUGUUGCCGUCGAUAUGCGGUUUAUGAAUCAAUUAGCAAAUGUUGCGGAAAUGAAAAAGAAACUUGGCGAUAAUAGUGAUUUAGACGUUGCCCCACCACGAACGAUUUACACACGGAGAGAUGGGGUUAAAAGAAGACGCCAUUUGGAAUCAAACCCAAAUGAUAGGAGUGACAGCUACACAUAUACAUUUUCAAAUAAUUAUGAUAUUCCAAGCAAACGGUCAAAACGAAAAAGAAGUAAACAAAACCAUAUAAAAAAUAUUCGAACAGAAUUUAAAAUUAAAGGAAAUGAUUGGCUUCGAAAACAAUUGAGAAGACAAGCGGACUGCAAUAAAAAUAAUAAAUGCUUCAACGAAUUUAUUGGAUCUGAAGAGAUUUCGGAAGUUGAGCCAAAUUUUGAACAUUAUAUUGACUCAGAGCAAGAAAGAAGUCUGAAGAAUCUUCAUAGAUAUUACGAAGGAUAUUCUGACGUACAAAACUCGGCUAAACUUCGAAACAGGCAAUCUACCAAAUAUCAACCCAAAAACCAAAUUGAGAGAGUUAUUCACGAUCCCUAUCUUAACAUUAAUGAUAAACUUAAAUUAAUAGAAAUAAUGGAUCCAUACGACAUGGAGAAAGAUUUGAAAUUAAAGAAAUCAUCUCAUGAAAUUGAAGACACUGUGCUUGUUGAGCCAAUUAAUUUCGCAGUCCCACUGCCGAAAGAAGAAUCAUACCUUGAAAAGUCUGAGCAAAACAGAAGUUCUAUUUUUCAUGACGGCUUAGCAAUCAGAAGUCCCCCAAAUUAUAAUGACUACGCAUUCAAUGAGUAUCCACUGUUGGACUUUAAGACCAGAAAUGUAGAAGAAGAUGUGCGUCCAUGUUCUUCAUGUGGUGGUAAAAAUAAAAAACCCCAUGGCAAGACUGACAGCAAUGUGAUGCCUCGGCAUAAUGGGUGCAAGUGUAAUGAAUUUCCUAAAGAAUGUGGGUGUGCUUCGAAGAAAUUGACUCGUUCAGUUGACGAUGCUUGGUAUUCAGUUUACAACAUGAGCGCGCCCUUGCCGUUCCUAGCAACUAAGGUGAGGAUAUUCAGGAAGCGGGGAAACAUUUGGUUCAAAAUUACACCAUCGAUAAUUCUGAACAGCUUAUCUGGAAUCUUUGCAAAUGCGAAUCUUUCAAUUUUGUUUUCAUCCCAUGUCGACGUAAUUCAGUUGGAGAAAGGUCUACAAAUUCACAAUCACCAACUCCUCAUUCCGAAGAAUGUUGGGGAUACAUUUAAAAGUGAAAUAUUACGUUCAGAUUUAAUAAAAUCUUCAUCAGAUUGUAAGAGAGCACAUAAAAGUUUAAAACCUAUCAUAAAUUUAGGUUAUUUUCCAACAACGAUGAAUUCAUUAGAUCAAUGUCCCAGCGAACCCAGCAGGUUGUGCUUGAAUAUGCUUGGGAGCAAGGCACCAGCUUUCAGUGUAAGAUUGAAAAUGCCUUUGAAACAAAACGCUAUUAUUCAUCCAAACGGCAUAAAAGCGAAGAUAGCGAAAAUUGUCACGGAUGCUACUAUACGAGAUGUUCUCCAAAUUUCCAUCGAUGUUAUUAACGACAGCUGUCUGAAGAAAACAUUUUCAAUACUCAUCAGCAAUUGUGGGGCGCCAUGCACAGCUGCCAAAUCAAAAGUUAUGAAAUCUUUAUCACCGAAUAUUGGGGACACUAUUACCUUUUUGUUGCCACUAAUGACAGAUGGCACACGUAAAGGUGGAAAGUUCGAAUGUGAUGUGUUGGUGCAGUUUCGAGCAUCAGAAACUGUCAAACAUCACCCUCUAAAGAGAAAAAUAUCAGUAAAUCAAAAUAACAAUUUAUACAAAAAUACCUCCUUGGAAAAUUACAUAACUGCUGCUUCUCGUAAGAUUUCAAUCGAAACAAAGAAACGAUGCUUCUGCAUUUGGGAAUGCAAUUGCCAUUGCUCAACGAAAUUGGAAACACAUGUUGAUUUUAAGAUUUGUCAAAAAAUGCGGUAUGAAGAAAGAAAAAUGGCAGGAAUGCUUUUAGGUAAUAUAUAUAAUAAAGGACAAGAGGACCUUCCAUACGAUGCUGAUUCAGAGAGAAUGAUUGGUGAUAAGGAUGCUAUAGUUGAUUUCACGAGGAAUGCUUUUAUAUUGUUACUGAUAAUGUUAUUAUUAGGUUUGAUCAAAGCCUUGAUUGGAUGUACUUGUUCUGCAUAUGUAGACCGUUACGGAUUUGACUAUGCACAGCCUGGAAAAGGAUAUGAAGACUCUUCUGGUUGCCGGCGAUUUGUUAUAAAUGUUUUUUUCUUCGUUAUUCUUCCAUUUUUUUUCUGGUGUAAAUGUUUUACUCCCUCAAAUUUGGACCUACUCACAGCAAGCACAGAGUGGAAAUGUGCAAAUCUACGCAGUAACUCCUCCUCAGAAAACAAAAGUAAUUAUCAUGAGAAAAACCAUUUCGAUCCCAAAAGAUUCGACGAAGAAGAUGACGUUAUUUUGACUCAGCAUAUAGAAAGCUGUUCGAAAACUAACGUCAGUUCAGCCAGAGGUAACAGUGGUAUCAAACGCAUUAGUGGUGGUAACGUUUUGUGCAGUUUGAAAGAUUCACGAAAUUUAAUGCCCUAUACAAUUUUGGAAACCACGGGGAGUCAGGGGUCAGAUGAAGAGGAAAAUACAAAAUAUAUUUUGAAAACAUUGGCAGAGAGCAGGGAGUCUUUACGAACAUUGUUGUCUACGAAAAACGCAUUAGAUGUUACGGCGGAUACUGAUGACAAAUUACAUCAAGCCGAAGAAUUUGUAGAAUCUCUGAUUGAAGCUCAAAUUGUUUAUCGAAAGUUAGAUCGUCCAGUUGGAAAUGUGAAAAACAUUCCAUAUGGUAUUAAAUAUUGCGUGCAAGGCUAUUUUUUGCCUACGACAGAAGCAGGGUAUGAAUUCGUUAAUUAUCAUCCAUUGGUGCAAUACUAUGGAAUAGCUGCUAACGGCGCCUUUAUGGAAGCGUUACGUCCGCCUGUGCUGUUAAACCCGAACGACUUUUCUCGGGUAUAUAAAAAUAAUUUGGAUGUGUUGAAUGCAAAUGAUUUGCAUGUUAAUCCGCCGUACUGUGUUCCUUGCAUCAAUGUAUAUUGUUGUGAUUUUUUAGCGAUUACAUAAUUAAUAACAAAUCAAAGCAACGCUGAAUCCAUGUAGGAAAAUUUCAGGGGGCCAGGCAAUAUGAAAAGUUCCGUCAGUAGCGAAUGCAAGGAAGAUGAUUUAGUAAACUGUUCACGUGACAGUAUUUUUGUUUGAAAAUAAAUAUGUAAAUAUGAAUAUAUUUUAGUAUGCGCAGCAACUUUAUUUCCAUUUUACUUUGAUAUGAGAAUUUUUGAAAUUCUGUAUUAAAAACUUUUGUACAUAAUUUUU